ACCCUCCGACUCAAGUCUUACUACUACUGUAGUUUGAUGGGCCGAUGGCCCGCGUCGAUCAUGGUCAAUCGAAAGUCAGCAAUCUUUAAAUAAUCCAUCCAUCCAUGUUAAUACUAAGCUUGGCGAAAAAUUGAGAGUUAUUCUCUCUCUCGUGGACACCGAUUGAGGUGUUAGCGAUCUUGCUGCUCUCUUUCUUUCUUUCUUUCUUUCUUUCUUUCUUACUACUCACUCUCACUCACUCAUAUACUCUUUCUCGUGGAUUAGUUCUAUUACCAAUAUAUACUCACAGAAAGAAAAUGGCUCAAGACUCACUCACAGAAACCCCAGUCAUUUCGUCGUCUUCGAUCACUACUCAAUCCAAGCCAGAUCCAUCUCUUUCAAGGACCGUUUCUCUUAGCCGCCUCAACGCUCAGGCACCAGAGUUUGUGCCCAAUCGACCCACCCCACGCCCCGAUUUGCAGCCGCCUCCUCCUCCUCCGGUUUCUGGUAUGCUACAUGUUUACUCACCACCACCCCCACCUCUUCAAGGCCGCCGCGUGCCAGUCCCUAGUCAAGUCGUCAAUCACCACCACCACUACAACCAAAUUCAUCAUCACUACCGUUCUCCUCAUCAGUAUCAUGCUAGCUCCUCCGAUCAGCUGCCUCAACUUGAGCCAGAUCAUACUCCUUCAAAAAACAAACACACCGACCAAGCUGAUCAGAAAAUUUUGAAACAGGUGGAGUAUUAUUUCAGUGAUUUAAACUUAGCUACCACCGAUCAUUUGAUGAGGUUCAUCAACAAAGACCCAGAAGGUUUUGUGCCGAUAUCUGUUGUUGCAUCUUUCAAGAAGAUUAAGGCCCUCAUAACUAGCAACUCCCAACUUGCAAAUGUUUUGAGGAAUUCUUCAAAGCUUGUAGUUAGUGAAGAUGGAAAGAAAAUCAAACGCCAGUAUUCCCCAACUGAGUCUGAUAUUGAAGAGCUACAAUCUCGCAUUGUUAUAGCUGAAAACCUACCUGAGGAUCAUUGCCAUCAGAAUCUUAUGAAGGUUUUUUCUGCCGUUGGGAGUGUGAAGACUAUCCGUACCUGUCCGCCUCAAACCUCCAAUAAUGGAACAUCGUCUGCUUCAAGAUUGGGAAAAGUUGAUGGCAUACCUUUAUAUAACAAGUUGCAUGCAUUUGUUGAAUAUGAAUCUGUUGAGCUGGCUGAGAAAGCGGUCGUUGAGCUAAAUGAUGAGGGAAACUGGCGGAGCGGCCUCCGGGUUCAUCUAAUGCUUAAACGCACGUCAAAACCUACUCAGGGACGGGGAAGGAAGGGACUUGAUGUUGAAGUUAGCUGUGAGGAGGAUUAUGCAUCUGUGCCUGAGCCACAGACAAAUGAGAAAGAGUUAGAGGGUGCUUCCUUUCCUGAUACUCAGUUGCAUGAACAUGCGGGAGAAGAGCAUGGAUGUGACAAAGAAAGCGGGCAGAGGAAGGGGCGUAAUCUGGGGCGGGCUAAGGGACGUGGCCGAGUUCAUUGUCAUCAAAAUAAUCGUGUAAAUCACUUUGGAACUCCCCCUUCAAAUAAUUCAUUUUUUACUGAUCAAGUGGUUGCCAAACAACCUCCAGGGCCCCGCAUGCCAGAUGGCACAAGAGGAUUUUCAAUGGGUCGGGGGAAGCCUGUAGCUGUUAAUAAUAUAGCAUAAUUUUGUUUAAUCAAAUGCAUAAACAAGUUAAUGCUGGAACGGUGAUGAUAGUACUAGUAUGAGGGCUAUCUGCCCGCAGCAGAUCUCAAACAGAUUUAUUAUUAUUAUUAUUAUUAUUAUUAUUAUUAUUAUUAUUAUUAUUAUUAUUA